AGACUCGAAUUUCUCAGAGAAAAUUCCAUGAAACCAAUCGCUUAGUCUUUCUCUGCGUAAAAUCGAGCGAAAAUGGGGUGCUGUAACAGCAAGAACGCCGAUUCCAAGGCCACUCGCAUGGCUCGGUGGCGCUCCACCGGCAUUGUGGCCUUGCGUGACUCCAAAUUGAAGACAUUUCCUGAUGAAGUUCUUGACCUAGACAAAUCUGUACGGACUCUUGAUUUGACACACAAUAGAUUAGUUGACAUUCCUAUGGAGAUCAGCAAAUUGAUUAAUUUGCAGCGGCUGGUUUUGGCAGAUAACGUUAUUGAGCGCCUCCCUCUAAACCUGGGGAAACUUCAAUAUCUGAAAAAUAUGUCACUUGAUAUGAAUCGAAUUACUAUCUUACCUGAUGAAAUGGGUCAGCUGGUGAGACUUGAGAAGUUGUCCAUCUCAGGAAAUUUAUUGACACACCUGCCUGAGACUAUAGGGAGCUUGCGCAAUUUGAUGCUCUUAAACGUGUCAAAUAACAAGUUAGAGUUUCUCCCAGAAUCAAUUGGGAGUUGCUUCUCUCUGGAAGAACUACAAGCUAAUGAAAAUUCUAUCGAUGAACUUCCUUCUUCUGUUUGCAAUCUCACUCACCUGAAGUCACUCUGCUUAAACAAUAAUAAUGUGAAGCAGAUACCUCCAAAUUUGUUGACGGACUGCAAAGCUCUUCAGAAUAUUUCCCUUCAUAACAAUCCCAUUUCCAUGGAUCAAUUUCAACAGAUGGAUGGAUUCCAAGAGUUUGAAACCCGGAGGAGAAAGAAGUUUGACAAGCAAAUUGAUGCAAAUGUGAUGAUCAGUUCUAAAGGCCUUGACGAGGGUGUUGAUCUAUGACACUUGACAAUUGAUAGUUCUUGCUUACCACAUUCUUGGAAUGGCAGGAGGACGACAGUUGAUGCUGUUCAAUGCAAUGAUGUUGUUUUUGACCUCAUCUAGCCUUGGUUGCAGUUUGAGGUUGGAGUUACUUUGGCGUCCAUUACCUCUCUCCCACAUUUAUACAAUAUAUCCAAGCUUAGUCGUAUCACAUUGUAAAUGAUGGUCAUACUGCUAGUUGCUUUGCAAGUAUUUCAUGGGGUUGUAUAUUGUUUGAUGGCUUAUACUAUUGGUUGUAUUGUAACUUUAUACUUAUUCUUAAUUGGUUGUUAUGUUAAUUAAGUGUUAUCGUUAUUUUCUCAA